AUGCCACAGAGCAACUUAAAAGUCACAACAGAGAUUCAGAAAACGCAACAAGAAAUCAAAAUCGCAAUCGAUUGAAAGAAAUUCCGGUGAAGAAUUAGACAACGUCGAAUUUAAAAUUCCAAUGGCUUCGUCGAAGGAAUUGAAUGAGAGAGCGGAGGCGGCGGCCAGGCUCGCAGCUUCCGAUCUGAGAGACGCAAACAGAGACACGCGUGGAACGGAGAGACAAGCUACGGUGGAGGUCACGGAGGCGGACCGGCCGGCGGCGCAAGAUCAGCAGCAGAAGCCCGGCGUGAUCGGUUCGGUGUUGAAGGCGGUGCAGGACACGUACGAACACGCGAAGGAAGCGGUGGUCGGAAAGAGCCACGAGGCAGGGGAGAGAGCGAGGGAGGAUGAAGAGAGAGUGGCGGAGACGACGGAGGAGUACAGAAGUGCAGCGGCGGAGAAGGCGAGGGAGACGAAGAACGCCGCCGGAGAGACGGCGGCGUCGGCGAAGGGGAAAUUAAGCGAGUACGGAGAGAAAGCAAUAGAUAAGACGGGAGAGUACAAGGAUUACACGGUGGAGAAAGCGAAGGAAACGAAGGACGCGGCGGCCGGAAAAGCAGGGGAAUACAGAGAUUACACGGCGGAGAAAGCGAAGGAAACAAAGGAUGCAGCGGCGGGAAAGGCCGGCGAGUACAAGAAUUACGCGGCGGAUAAGGCCGGCGAGUACAAGGAUUACUCAGCGGAGAAGGCUAGGGAAACGAAGGACGCAGCGGCGAGAAAAGCAGGGGAAUACAAAGACUACGCGGCGGAGAAGGCGAGAGAGACGACGGACUACACGGCGGAGAAAGCAAAAGAAGGAAAAGACACGACGGUGAGUAAACUCGGUGAACUGAAAGAUUCAACGGUCGAUGCCGCGAAGAGAGCCAUGGGCUACUUGUCCGGCAAGAAAGAAGAAGCCAAGGAGAAGACAUACGAAACCAAAGAAGCCACAAAGGAAAAGAUGGGCGAAGCGGAGGAGGAAACGAGGCGGAGGGUGGAGGAGCUGAGGCUUCAGGGAGAGGGAAGGGACAGAGAGGAAGCAAAAGUGACUCUCGAACGGGAAAGAGGCGGCGGCGGAGAGGGGGCGGUGACGGUGGGUGCGGCGGAGACGCGGCCGGGGGCGCUGGCCUCAACUUUGAAGGAGGCGGACGACAUGUCGAGGCAGACGAAAGAUCGUCAGGGGAAGAUGUGAAUCUGAUCUGAAAAUUUUAAGAGGAAUGGGAUUUUGUUUGUUGCUCGUCGUCGUCGUCGUUUUCUGCAGCAGUUUUACUUUUUUUUAAAAAAAUAAUUUUCGUAUUUUAUGACCGUAUAGUUGCUGCGUAUUUUGGUUCUGCUGUAUCAAGGAACUGUGUAAAAAAAAUGUUAAAAACGUUGAUGUUAAUCAUGUUUUUUUCCUUAAACAGUUGUUAAUAAUGUUUCUUCUUGAGCAAAAAUGGGUGCAGUUCUCCAUUUUUUUAA